CAAUGAAGAUGGCGGGGUUAAAGCUCUGAGGCAUCUGCUUUACGACAAUAAUCAGAGGAUGUGUACUAUCUUUUCGAUCGGGCGAAGACGCCAGUGCCCGGCCAAGACGAACACGGCGUAGUGUAAAAGCGGAGAGUUCCUGCCCAAAGUGAUCAGAGACCAUCAGACUCGAGAACUUUCUUUCUCGAUCUUCCAUCGCUUUCCAAUAGACUGUUUUUAAAAUGGCUCCGGUGCAAAUUGGUCCAGAUGGCCAACUGGUCCCAGCCGGGGGUCCAACUUCAGCACCUCAACCCCCUCCUCCGGGUGCCCCAGCAACACACGGGGUCCGACUCAGCUUGCUGAUUGAAUUCCUCCUGCAAAGAACCUAUCAUGAAAUAACCUUGCUGGCUGAACUUCUCCCCAGGAAAACGGACAUGGAAAGGAAAAUUGAGAUAGUGCAGUUUGCCAGCCGGACUCGCCAGCUCUUCGUGCGCCUGUUGGCCCUAGUGAAGUGGGCCAGCAAUGCAGGGAAGGUGGAGAAAUGUGCGAUGAUCUCCAGCUUCCUGGAUCAGCAGGCCUUCCUGUUUGUGGACACAGCGGACAGGCUAGCGUCACUGGCGAGGGAUGCCCUGGUUCACGCUCGCCUGCCCAGUUUCGCCAUCCCCUUCGCCAUUGAUGUGCUGACCACGGGCUCAUACCCACGACUGCCCACCUGUAUCAGGGACAAGAUCAUUCCUCCUGACCCCAUCACCAAGGCGGAGAAGCAGACCACCCUGAACCAGCUGAGCCAGAUCCUCCGCCACCGCCUGGUCACCACAGACCUGCCCCCGCAGCUGGCGAACCUCACUGUCGCAAACGGGCGGGUGAAGUUCCGGGUGGAGGGCGAGUUUGAGGCCACGUUGACGGUGAUGGGGGACGAUCCGGACAUCCCGUGGAGGCUCCUGAAGCUGGAGAUCCUGGUGGAGGACAAGGAGACGGGAGAUGGCCGAGCCCUGGUGCACAGCAUGCAGGUGAACUUCAUCCACGAGCUGGUGCAGUCCCGCCUCUUCGCAGAUGAGAAGCCCCUGCAGGAUAUGUACAACUGCCUGCACUCCUUCUGCCUGUCGCUGCAGCUGGAGGUGCUGCACUCGCAGACCCUCAUGCUGAUCCGGGAGCGCUGGGGCGACCUGGUCCAGGUGGAGCGCUACAUCCCCGCCAAGUGCCUCACCCUCGCCGUCUGGAACCAACAGGUCCUCGGCCGGAAGACGGGCACCGCCUCUGUCCACAAGGUCAAUAUCAAGAUCGACGAGUCUGACGGUUCCAAGCCCUUGCAAAUAUCCCAUGAGCCUCCACUGCCAGCCUGUGACUCCAAACUAAUGGAGAGAGCCAUGAAGAUUGACCAUCUGUCGGUGGAGAAGCUGCUGAUCGACAGCGUCCACGCCCGCUCCCAUCAGAAGCUGCAGGAGCUCAAAGCCAUAUUGAAGGGCUAUAACCCCGCCGAUAGCUCCUUUAUAGAGACCGCCCUCCCCACCCUGGUCAUACCCAUCUUGGAGCCCUGCGGUCGCUCUGAGUGUCUCCACAUAUUCGUUGAUUUGCAUUCCGGAAUGUUCCAGCCAAUGCUGUAUGGAAUUGAUCAGUCAAUGCUGGAUGACAUUGAGAAGUCCCUCAACGACGACAUGAAACGCAUCAUCUCCUGGCUUCAGCAGCUCAAGUUUUGGCUGGGGGAGCAGCGUUGCAGGCAGUCGGUGAAACACCUCCCCACGAUCUGCAGCGACACCCUGCACCUCUCCAACGCCUCCUCCCACCCCGCCGGCAGCCUGUCCAAGCACCGCCUCUUCAUCAAGCUGACCCGCCUCCCACAGUACUACAUUGUGGUGGAGAUGUUCGACGUCCCCGGAUGCCCCACGGAGCUGGAGUAUAAGUACUACUUCCUGUCAGUGACCCAGCUGGAGGGCGAGGAGGGUCCGCCCUGCGCCCAGCUGCUGCAGCAGUUCAAGCCCAACCUGGAGCAGCUGGUGCUGGACUCCACCCCGAGCAGGGGCGCCCGGCCCGGAGCCAAGAGGAAGCUGUCUGGGGACCAAGGCACCAUUGAACCCAAAAAGCCCAAGCGUUCGGGGGAGAUGUGCGCCUUCAACAAGGUGCUGGCCCACCUGGUGGCCAUGUGUGACACCAACAUGCCCUUCAUCGGCCUGCGCUGUGAGCUGUCCAACAUGGAGAUCCCUCACCAGGGGGUGCAGGUAGAGGGGGACGGCUGUAGCCACGCCAUACGCCUCCUCAGGAUCCCCCCCUGUAAGGGUGUCAGUGAGGAGACUCAGAAGGCCCUGGAGCGCUCCCUGCUGGACUGCACCUUCCGGCUGCAGGGCCGCAACAACCGGACCUGGGUGGCAGAGCUGGUCUUCUCCAACUGCCCCCUCGCCAGCACCUCCAGCAAGGAGCAAGCCUCCACGCGCCACGUGUACCUGACCUACGAGAACCCCCUGUCGGAACCGGUGGGCGGACGCAAGGUGGUGGAGAUGUUCCUCAACGACUGGAGCAGCGUCAGCCGGCUGUACGAGUGCGUGCUGGAGUUCUCUCGCUCCUUGCUAGACAUGCCCUCCUACCUCAGUGUCUUCUCGGAGAUCCGGUUGUAUAAUUACCGAAAACUGGUCCUGUGCUACGGCAGCACUAAGGGGAGCUCGGUGACGAUCCAGUGGAACUCGGUGACACAGCGGUUCCACAUCUCCCUGGGCACGGUGGGGCCCAACUCCGGCUGCAGCAACUGCCACAACAUCAUCCUCCACCAACUGCAGGAGAUGUUCAACAAGACGCCCAACGUGGUGCAGCUGCUGCAGGUUCUGUCUGACACCCAGGGUCCCCUCAAUGCCAUCAAUAAGCUGCCCACAGUGCCCAUGCUGGGCCUGACCCAGAGAACCAACACGGCCUACCAGUGCUUCUCCAUCCUGCCCCAGUCCCCCACACACAUCCGCCUGGCCUUCCGCAACAUGUACUGCAUCGACAUCUACUGCCGCAGCCGCGGUGUGGUGGCCAUCCGCGACGGUGCCUACAGCCUCUUCGACAACACCAAGAUCGUGGAGGGCUUCUACCCAGCUCCGGGCCUGAAGACAUUCCUGAACAUGUUCGUGGACAGCAACCAGGACGCACGGCGACGAUCCGUCAACGAGGACGACAACCCUCCGUCCCCGGUGGGUGUGGAUGUAAUGGACUCCCUCAUGUCCCAGCUCCAGCCAGGGCAGGCUCAACAGCAGUUCGUGAAGCAGCAGCCGGGUGGUGGAGUCUACCCUCCCCUGACGUCACCCCCCAACCCCUACCACACCAACGUGGCGCCCUCCCCCUCCAUGAUGCCCACACAGUCUCCCGGGAACAUCCACGCAGCCAACUCGCCUAGCGGUGCGCUGCGGGCCCCGUCGCCCUUCGGCCCCACCCCGUCUCCCUCCUCUCUGGGGAUUUCUAUGGGGCAGACGUCCAGCUUUGCCAGCCCGCAUGGAGCCCUGGACCCCAGCUCUCCCUACGCCAUGGUCUCUCCCAGCCAGCGAGCGGGCACCUGGCCGGGCUCCCCCCAGGUUUCCGGGCCCUCACCCGGCGCCCGCAUCCAUGGCAUGUCACCAGGCAACCCCUCCCUCCACUCCCCCAUCCCGGACGCCUCGCACUCCCCCCGCGCUGGGACCAGCUCCCAGGCCAUGCCGACCAACAUGCCGCCCCCCCGUAAGCUACCUCAGCGCUCCUGGGCCGCCUCCAUCCCCACCAUCCUCACCCACAGUGCCUUGCAUGUGCUGCUGCUGCCCUCGCCCACGCCGUGCCUGGUGCCGGGGCUGGCGGGCAGCUACCUGUGCUCCCCGCUGGAGCGCUUCCUGGGCUCCGUCAUCAUGAGGAGGCACCUACAGAGGAUCAUCCAGCAGGAGUCCAAUCUCUCCAUUGUCAACUCCAGCGAGCCCGGGGUCAUCAUGUUCAAGACCGACGUGCUCAAGUGCAGGGUGGCGCUGAACCCCAAGACCUACCAGACCCUGCAGCUGAAGGUGACCCCUGAGAACGCGGGGCCCUGGUCCACAGAGGAGCUGCAGGUCCUUGAGAAGUUCUUUGAGACCAGGGUGGCUGGGCCUCCCUUCAAGUACAACACGCUGAACGCCUUCACCAAGCUGCUGGGGGCUCCCACCAACAUCCUCAGGGACUGCGUGCGCAUCAUGAAGCUGGAGCUGUUCCCAGAGCAGGCCACCCAGCUGAAGUGGAGCGUGCAGUUCUGUCUGACCAUCCCCCCCAGCGCCCCGCCCAUCGCCCCCCCAGGGACCAUCGCCGUGGUGCUCAAAUCCAAGAUGCUGUUUUUCCUCCAGCUGACCCAGCGGCUGCCCGUGCCCCAGGAGCCGGUCAGCAUCAUCGUGCCCAUUGUGUACGACAUGGCGACGGGCCUCACCCAGCAGGCUGACAUCCCGCGCCAGCAGAGCUCAUCGGGCGCCGCCGCCCUCAUGGUCAGCAGCAUCCUCAAGAGGUUCAACGACAUGCACCCAGCGCGCCAAGGUGAAUGCACAAUCUUUGCUUCAGUUCAUGAACUCAUGGCCAGUCUCACAUUGCCCCCUGGUGGACGCCCUUAGCACAGCAUCUCUUGGAAUAGAAUCCAAAUUUGGGAUUGCAUUUCACAGCGAAGUGGGGACACUACACGCACUGGCUACCUGAUGUCUGAGUACAGAUGCCUCUUCUUGGCUGCAGCCAUAGAACUUUUACAAGUCUGGUAUAUUAUGUGUUAAAAAGGGAGUGGAUUAUGAUCAGCCAUUGAACACUAUGUUUUUUAUAUAAAGAAGAAAUUGUAAAAUGAAUGAAGAGCCAACUAGAGGAAGAACCUCUAGGGUAAAGCCAGUCAUAAAUUAUUUUGAAGAGCUAAACAAGAAAAUUAUUUUUUGUUUUCAGAGACGCACUUCUUGAAUAACAGAUUAAUAAUGAUAGAUUUGUUUACC